UUAGUUUGCAGUAUCGCACAUUUUCAAGAUUCAAGGCCGUGCAUACUUCCUCCUUUCUUUAACUACCAAACAAAAGGUGCAAUGCUGGAGCUGGUCAUUUUUUAUAUCACAGAUAUUUAAGCAGGUCAUUUUUUAUGGCAAAAGUUGGCAAAAAACACAUCUUGAAUAGAUAUAAAAUAGGAAUAGGUAAUGAGGUGGAGAAUUAAAGCAGGAAAAAAUGUUUUAUUGAUUGGGGAAUGAAGGGGGAAUGGAUUUUUGGCCAGAAUUUCUUGCGAGUAGUUGGGGUAAGGAAUUUGUGGCUGGUGGAUUUGGAGGAAUAGCUGGUCUUGUUUCUGGUUAUCCACUCGACAGCAUUAGAGUUCGCCAGCAAAAUUCUAAGAGUGGCUCUGCUUUCAACGUUUUCCGGCAUGUAGUCGCCACGGAAGGUCUCUUGUCUCUCUACAGGGGCAUGGCUGCACCUCUAGCCUCCGUCACCUUUCAGAAUGCCAUGGUAUUUCAGAUCUAUGCAAUGCUAUCGCGAACAUUUGACAAAAAUAUCCCAGCAAGCGACCCACCCUCAUAUAAAGGAGUAGCUUUGGGUGGCACUGCAGCAGGAGCAAUUCAGAGCCUAAUUAUCAGCCCUGUAGAAUUAGUGAAAAUCCAACUUCAAUUGCAAAGCAAAACCAAGCAAUGCAGCAAUCAAACAACUAGUCUCCAUGGUCCAAUUGAUGUCACAAGAAGAAUAUUCAGACAGGAAGGUUGGAUAGGAAUCUAUCGUGGACUGACCGUUACUGUCCUCAGAGAUGCACACUCUCACGGUCUAUAUUUCUGGGUAUACGAAUACACUAAGGAGAAACUUCACCCUGGUUGUCGCAAGAACGGUCAAGAGAGCUUCCAAACAAUGCUCGCAGCGGGUGGUCUUGCAGGAGCUGUUAGCUGGAUAAGCUGUUAUCCCUUAGAUGUUGUUAAGACAAGACUCCAAGCUCAAUCACAGUCUAAAUCUGCAAAAUAUCGUGGUAUUGUUGAUUGUUUCAGGCGAAGUGUGAGAGAAGAGGGACACAGUGUGCUCUGGCGAGGUGUGGGAACUACAGUUGGCAGAGCAUUUCUAGUGAAUGGGGCUAUAUUCACUGCCUAUGAAACUGCCCUGAGGCUCCUUUGCAGUCACAAUGACAAUGAUCGAUGAACCAAACAGAAUUCUGCAUCAUGAACUUUGUACUGCUCACAUUACUUGGUCAGUUUUGAAAAAACAUAUAGGAAGGUGGAUAUAUAUAUGAAUCCAAAUAUGCCGAAUCAUUCAUGUUAUGAUCUUCUACAUCUCCCAUUCCGUCAUCUGACUUAUGUUCUUCAUGUAACAUUCACAUCGAAUGACUUUCGGAUAGAAAAUAGGAUUGAUCAAGUUCUAUUGAAUUUGACUCGUAAGUGAUCAUUUAUCAAAGAAUGACUAAUGCAGACUAAUACAUUACUAUAAAACAGGACUAAUGAACUCUUUAAAAAAAAAAAACUGCUAUCCAAAUGCAAGAAUUGACUGUAUUGAAUUUUGUCAUUUGUUGUCUCUAUAUUCAUCACUAACAAAUUGAC